AUGCUGGCAGCCCACCACGACCAAGAGAACUUGUACACCCACCAGGCGGGCGCCUCGAAGCCUCAGCUUCAGGCUAAGACCCCAGGUGCCCGAUUUCCGAAAACCCCGCUCAAAGUUCCGCUGAACGACGAGAAUACUCAUCACGGUUUCGGCGGGAAGAAUGUCUUGAAGGCAAAGGGCAACAAUGAGAAUAUUCUCACCAUCGGGAAGGGCGGUCAUGUCCUCGGAAAAGGAGGAAAGCAGGCCCUGGUGACGCCAGCGGGACCUCGAACUGUCCGGGCUCCUCUGGGUAACAAGACUACUAAUGCAAAGGCGAGAGCUACUCAGCAGACUCCUGCCGGCAAGGUGAUCCUUCGCGACCCCCAGAAGACAGCUCUUAAGCCGACAACAGCCGCCCGUCCGAAGCUUGCUGCCCCCAAGGUUGAAGCUUCAAAGCUCGAGGUGCAUGUUGAUAAGGAUCCCCUCCAAGUUGAGGAAGUCGAAUAUGCACCACCGAAGCCCAAGGAGAUGCCAUAUGAAUCAGAUGUCUUCCCCGAAGGAGUAUUGACCUACGAGGGCUUGAAACCCGGUAGGCUCUUCAAGGGUUAUUAUCAGUAUUAUUUUAAUCCUAUCGGUGAGGAUGGAAAAACGCUCCAGGAGCGGGACCUGGAGGAACAGCAGAAGCAUUGUUUUGAGCGAGGCGAAGAAAACAUCCUAAAGGAUAUGGAGGAACUCGACUGGACCAUUGGCGACCUUCCGGAGAGCAAAGAGGUUUUGAAGAAAAGAACAAAGCGAACUCCUCUUUCGGCGGCAUCGAGACCCUCUGCUAAGGGCCUCCUUUUCUCGAAGAGCAAGCCGAGUACCUCUGCUGCUCCGGCAUCUACCCUCCCCGUCCGCGAGAGGCCAACCGCUAUAGAUGCGUUGCGCGUUUGA